AUGGAAAUUAUGGAAGAUGGUAAUUUAGUAGACCGUGUUAGAAUUUUGUUACAACGAGACAUGCAAUAUUAUCAGGAAAUGCAAACCGUGUUGAAAGAACCACUUUGUUCGCGUGUAAGUGGUGGAAAACUUGAUUUCCCAAGGCAUGCUUCAUUCGCUGCUGUUAAAAUCGUUAUGUGGUGGGAAGCAGAUUUUCAAGCUGCAUUUGAACGUCAUUCCGAUUUGACAAAUUUAAUGGAAAAUGAGACUUCUGCAAUCGUAGAAAAUGAAGAGAAAGUUAUUAAAAAAAUUCAACCUUCCGAAUUUGUAUUACUUGUUGUCGAUACUGCCGAUAAAUUAUUAGAACAUUUACAUUUACUUAUUCAAGAAUCAUUAGAUCAUGCAGAUUUGACAGUAUUAACAGCUACUUUAGGAGCAGCUGCAUUGAUACGAAAUUCUCUAUGGUGUUAUAAUCAACAGGCCAAAAAUUAUUCCUUACAAUCAAGCGAGAAAUUAAACACAUCGUAUAAGUCUUAUCAUGAAAUGACUGAAGCUGUGGCAGAACGAUUGUUGGAUUUGCAUUGUCGUUUAAUUUCAUUAUAUAUACUUAACGAAGCUGAUUCUCUUAGUUGGCAUGAUAAUAAAUCAUUUUUUGAACGAGAACGUUGCUCUUUCGUAAUUCAAAUGUGGUGGCUAUAUAUGAAUGGAACCAAAGCAGAUUUAUGGAGUACCGUAUCUCCAAAAAUGGCACAACGCGUUUUUUCUGGGAUGUUGAACGAGUCUUUAUCUAUUAUUGUAACAAGAUUUAUUUAUGGCCGACCAAGUUUGGCACGAGCUGAACAAUUUUGGACAGAUGCUUUUAACGUCCUUUGCUGUACCGGAUAUCUUGCUUUGGCUGUUUGCGUAAAUGCCAAUGAAAUGAUCGGAAUGAAAUUAAAUAAAUUGCCUACUGCUAUUAGAGAUAUACAUACAAAAUGUAAUGAGUUAUUAAUUUGCUUAUUAUUAAGAGGUACACCUCUUCAAGAAUUAUAUCAGGUGUUUCGUGUUGGAUUUGAAAAUUUAACGAUUCUACAAACGCGUCGUGAACCUGCUCCCUGGUUAUUAAUAUGCGCGCCAAAUUUAUUGGGUUCUAUCGAUUCUGAUGUAUAUAUUUCAAAUUUACCUCCGGAUCGACUUGUGAUUUUAGAAUUAAAUAUUCUUAGACAUCAACCUCAGCCGAAUUGGCCUCAAUUAAUGAAGAUAAUUUUUAUGAACAAUUGUGCAGUAGCCAAAAUAUUAUUAAACACUCUCAUAUAUAAAUGUGGUAAUUUUACAUGUGAAAACGAAUUUGAAAAUUUCAAGAAAUUCGAUAAAAAGAAUUGUGGUGGUUUUUUAUGUAGUGGUGCAAUGUGCAAUCCAUCAAUAAAAAUAACAUCAGCAUUGAGCCUUUAUAGUUUAAUGUACAUUUUAACAUGUACAGCACAGGAUCCUGGUUACGUUAUUAUACCAGCUUUAAAACAAAAUUCUGAGUGGUCUAAUUAUCUUGAUCGGCAACAGGUUUGGAACCAAUCAAGGCCUCCUUGGUUAAAUGCAAUUUUAAAUCCAUUAAAGGAUAUGAUGCAACCAAUUAUUGAAAUACUUUUAAAAGCUGUAAAAACAGGAGCUAGUAUGUAUCAGGCAAUGUCACUAGUGAUUGGCUGUUUCACCGAGUUAUAUGUAACAUUACCACUUGCAAUUUUGAAAACUGUACUCGCGUUAAAUGAUAAUAUUCCUGCCCAUUGUCAUCCAAUUGGUGGAAAUGUUCUUCUUCAUGUUUUGUGUGCAUCUCUUUAUACCGCUCUUAUUGAAUUCUCAAAAAAUUGCGAAGUAGAGAUAGAAGAUAGUUCAACAUCUAAAGAUUGUGAAUUAAAUAUCUUUAAUCCUAAUGAUAUAUCAGCAACUAUGACUACUUUAGCUGAAGCUAUUUGUAGUAUCGAUGAAGAUAACAAGCAUACUUCACAAAUUGACGAUUUCUUUCAACUUGUAAAAAAAAAUGUGCAAACAUUAAAUACAAAUUCGCGUAUCGAUGAAACAAAUAUGUCUUCUAUUAUUGAGGUAUAUACCGAUGAAUUAUUAUUCACCAGUUCGGGACGUCAAGCUUUGAAGGUGGUUCAUGAAUUUUUAAUUCAUGCAUCGGAUUUAAUAUUGAAUAAUUUAAGGCAAAAUAAUGUCGAUAGGCUUAAGGACGAUAUACCUGAAAUUACACCUCUUUCUAAACCAUUAACUCAUAUAAUGUUCCAUAUUGAAGAUACUGCAUUUGAUCAAUUUUUAAUUCAAUACGAGAAAACGAAUUGGCGGAAAAUUUUAACAAUGCCACUUUCUAUAACUGUGGAUCACGCACGAAGUCAAAUUUUGUCACGACCAGAAUUUAAAAAUAUCGGUGAAUUGACUAAUGAAAAUAGGGAAGCAGUGUAUUCACUUAAGAAACUUUGUUCUUCUACAAAGACAGCACACUUUAAAUAAUACUUAUAAAUUAUAUAAAAAUUAACACGAAAUAAAUUAAUUCCAAAAUUAA